AGAUAACAAUGAAUGUGAAUAUACUCCGUGUGAUGGUGACGUAGGCUUUUGCGAAAACACUGAUGGGUCUUACAUCUGCAGUUGUCGAUUUGGCUACACGCUCGUAGAUGGAGACAUGUGUCAAGAUAUAAACGAGUGCGACAUAAAUGCACACAAUUGUUCACACGAUUGUAUAAACAAACCUGGAGGCUUCACAUGCAGCUGUCCGGGUGACCUUGUUCUAGAUGACGAUGGAGUGUCAUGUUCUUCACCAGCAAACUGUACGUUAAUGUGUGUGAAUAGUGAUUGCAGUACCGACGGCGAAGAUGCGUUUAUAUGUAUCUGUAAUCAUGGCUUUGAACUAUUGAAUGGAACCGACACCAAUUGCACUGACAUAGAUGAAUGCUCUGACGACGAUCUGAAUAGCUGUGGGAAUCUCGGAAUAUGCAAUAACACAAUAGGAGGCUACAACUGCAUGUGCAUUGAAGGUUAUGAACUUUUAGAGGGAACAAUUAUGUGCGUUGAUAUUGAUGAGUGUAGGAGUACUAACCCUUAUCCAUGCCAUGAUGAUUCAACUUGCUUGAAUACAAUUGGAGGUUUUAACUGCACAUGCCGAUCUGGAUUUAGUGGUGACGGUCUAAAUGCUUGUACAGAUAUUGAUGAAUGUGAAAAUGAUGCAAAUGACUGCGAUCCGAAUGCUAACUGUACCAACAACGAGGGUUCGUAUGCAUGCACUUGCAAUAAUGGUUUUCUUGGCGCAGGGGUUGAUUGUUUUGAUAUCAUCGAAUGUGAUACUCCGGGAACUUGUCCAGAUAAUGCGUUUUGUACCAAUACGGAGGGCUCUUACAAUUGUACCUGCAAUAUAGGGUUUGCUUAUAACCAAACAGGCGACUCCUGUGAUGAUAUAAAUGAGUGUGAUGAUUCUACCUGUAGCACGAAUGCCGCGUGUCGUAACUCUGAAGGAUCUUACGUGUGUACAUGUAACACAGGUUUCCGUGGAGACGGGUUCCAGUGUACUGACAUCCAAGAAUGUGAAGAGAAUAUUCAUGAUUGUGACAUUAAUGCUGAGUGUGAGAACACGAAUGGCAGUUUCAGUUGUUUGUGUAACACUGGGAUGUCUAUUUAA